AUGAGGGCAUCUUCUAUUGAGGAAAUAUCCUCUGCAUCCGAUCAACAGCAUGUUCAUGCAGAGCUCGACUUCAUCCGGGCCUGUAUCGGUAAUGAAAGAGCUGAGAAGUCGAGGGAGUCCCAAGUGGUUCUCGAUCACAUACGGCCCAAGGUACUAUACUCAUCGCUCCCGUUCGGCACUAUCCUGUGUUCAGAGUACCACCCGGACGAACCAGACCUAACACGCAUCAUCCACUCCUUUCGUGAUAUUAUACUUUCCUACCGCCAGCAGGAAAACCUGUCUAUCAACCGCGCCCUGCAGGGUCUAGUCGAGAGAGGUGUGUUUCGGGCUUUUACGACGCCCGAAGAAGAAGCCAUCGCAAAGCAAUGCAUCUUUUCGGCCGUGGGAAUAGCAUCGCGACUGUACAGUCCGACACCAGUACAGCGACAGGGCCACUUCGAGAUCAACACGCAAGGUGCCCGAUGUUUUACCAGGAAUGCGGUGGACAUCAAUCUUUCAGCCCGCCCCAUAGACGAGCUUCUUCGUGCACUUGGCCAGAUUCUUCCACGAGCUGACUGGCGUAUGCCCACCAAUGAUGACCCCAGACAGCCUUCGGUCAAAUUCUGCGUGUCCUCUCUCAAUGCAGAUGUGCUGAAGAAUCUCGCAAACGUCCAUAUCAUCUGGGUGAAUUCGAUUGCGGCUCAUCUAGAGUUCGAUCCCAUCGUCACAGCGCUAUACCUGUUCAGGCUGCCGUCCUUUUGUAAGUUGCACAAUACUGGAGACUCGAUUUUAUCGACAUUGACGAAAGAGUUCUACCUCGAUCAGGAGAGCCCGGUACCUCGCUUUUCGAUCCAAGACUUCCUAAAUGAGAUCAUGUUAUCGUAUGGCCUGCUCUUCGCCCACGAUGUUCGCUCCCGGAAACUCUACCGACAGGAGGAGCGCUGCCGGGCCAAAAUCAACGACGAGGUCGAUGUUGACCCCCUACUCGACCAACUCUGCGGCAUGGAUAUUUCGACAUCCAUGUUUUCGUUCACUGGUCCCGUACGAGAGACCUACGAUGCCAGCACCGACUUUCCCAUCUUCAAUGAGAGGCUGUCGGCUAUCCAGGGCUAUAUCUCGGGCAUUCAGCCCGGCAGACUCAAGUCGCUUUGGCGGGACCGACGUGAUUUGAGGCUCUGGUAUACUAUCUGGGCGGUGCUGAUCAUAGGAGGUAUUAGCAUCAUUUUGGCGAUGGUACAGGUCAUUCUUUCGGCAGCCCAGGUGGCACUGGCAAAGCAGGCGCUGGGCCCUUGA